ACCCUGUUAAAACCCAAAGUGAGAUUGAGGAUAAAUCUCCUUUCACUUUCAGUCUUUCAGCAUUAGUCAUAGAAUCAAGGGUAAGCUGAAAGUUUUCUUUUUGCUGAAUAUAGGUAAAAAAAAAUCCGAAAGGCAAAGGAAAUUUGACGAGUAUUAGUUAUCCUACUUUGAGGCGCUAAGCUAAUUCGGGUUUGUUUAGGGUCCGCAUCUUCGAUCAUCUUCCAUCUUCAUACAAUCGCUAUGAAUUGCAUCGAUUUCCGACUGAAAGAUUUGGACGUGGAACACUUUGAGAUACGAGAGGUUCUGCAAUGUAUUUUGCACACAAUUUUUUUCCACAGAGCAUUAGGUCUUGUUCGACCAAAGGACAUUGAUUUGGAACUCUUUGACAUUACAUAUGUCCAAUGUGGUGAUGCUGAGGUUGAGAAAAAAAUAGAUGAAAAGAUUAAUCACUUCAUUGAAAGGGUGGAAAAGUACCCCAACAAGAAAAAUGAGAUUUGUUUAUCAUUCUAUGAAGUGAAGAACAAGCAAGCGACUUGGUUUACAAACAAAGUUGAACGCCUAUACUGGGAACAGUGGUACAUCAACCUGAAUGUAGCUCAGCACCACCCAAAAGCACAUUCUAACAAAUCUCAUCCGUCCAAAGCGGUAGUUGAUCCUGGAGAAAGCGCAUGUGAGGAGAGGAAUGCUCGGAGGGCGGCACUGGAGUUGUCUCUCCGCGAAGUUAUGUUUCAGAUUAUCAAAUUUGUAAAUGAAAAAAAGGACCAUGUACCCUCGGUACCAAAUCUUGAGGGUGUCUCAUUUCCCUAUGAGAUCACUAUCUCAAGUGCAUCAGAUUCCGCAUUUGGGAUGGAAAUCUUCAAGAGGAUGCUUCAGACUGGGCAUCCCAGCAUUCUUAGUUGAGAGAAGAGGAAAUGCCCCUUUGCACUUCUUCAUGGAAGGCUUCAUGCUUACAGUACAUGUAGAAGGUUUUACUGGGGUAGGUAAUUAAAAAGUGUGAUAGUAAGAGAAGCAAAUAUUUGUACAUACAGAAGCAUGAUGUAUCUAGCUACCAAUGGAUGUCUUCUCCAUGCUCUGUUUCUAUCUGAUUCCACUGGAUACCAAGGAAGCAUACUCAUAAUGCCAAGAAACCUUUUUUACCCUUUUUGGAGACGGUAAAAGUUCUCAAACUACGCUUUGCUGGACUUGUCACUUGUGAGUUCUCAGUAUCAAAGAGCUGGUGAAAUGAGCUGAUAUAAGAUAAGAAAUGAGCUGGUGUUAAUUUAUAAGAUAAGAAACAUCAUGAUAAAAACUAUAACUAGUUUACAACCAAAUAAGUGGAUGUGUGUGUGGUUUUUCUUGUUCUGCUUAUUUUGCUGAUAUGCUAGUAUGCAUUAUAUAUAAGGCUGUAUAGAAGCGCU